UCCCAAUUCGAAGGAAGAAGACCGACGCUGGGAUCAAAAAUACUAUAAUAUAAGAUAUUAAUAUUAUAUCAUAAAAAUCAUAUAUCAAAUCGUACGGAGUAGAUGCUCCAAACAAAGCUUGUAAUAUUUGAAAUUAUAAUAUAUUGUAGACUUAAACAUGUUCAACUUUAAGUUUGAGUACUCCUUCAUGUUCGAAUCCUCCGGAUGUGAGGGUAAAUUCCUAGGGAUGCCCUACGACGGGGAGUUCGAGGCAAUGUGGCAGCAGAUCGGCGAUGAACUUCGUUCCAGACAUAAUCGGUUCUUGGGCAUGCCGUUCGAUAGUGGAUUUGAACGGAUGUGGCGGCAGGUCAGAGAGGAACUGAAACGGGAUCGGGAAGAUAACAAAUUCGCACUGUGUUUCCAGCGGAAAUUGAGCAUCUACGUAAAAGAGGAAGGGGAUGUCGGCCAACUUGAGUCUUUUUUUGAACGCAGAUAAAAUAUAUUCAAUUUUAUUGAAAGGCAUGUUAUUGUUUAAAGUACGUAUGCAUGUAUGUAGUAUGUCUAUUAAGUAUGCAUUGUAAAGAUUACGAUCGGUUUGGUUAAAAUAAUUUAUUGUUUUCGGAAUUGGUUUCAAUGUCGAAUAGGUCAAGCGGUUACUUGCCUUCGAUUGGAAAAAAGAUAAUAAAAAAGUCUUAACAUAGUUUAUGCAUUAAUUAUUUCUCUCAUCUCUUGAUCAGAUUAAAAAUCAGACGUCAUUCUAGGGAGUCUCCUAGCCGUUUGCUACACAGACCCACAUCUAAAACUCUUACUACUUUCUGUUCCUCGCUUCUCGUUUCUUGUUCCUGACUUGAUGCUCAGUUUAGAAACCUUAAUGUGUUUAAGUAAUUUUCGCUCGGUUUGAAUUUUGGCAAAAUGGCACUAAAUCUUCAAGUUGUUCCCGGAUAUGGAUUAAUUGGAUAUGGGUUGUGGG